AUGGGGGUCACUGGCCUCUGGCCUAUCCUACAUCCUUGUGCACGCCCAACCCCUCUGCCAACCCUCAACCGCAAGCGUCUCGCUGUCGAUGCCUCCAUCUGGAUCUACCAAUUUCUGAAAGCCGUCCGCGACAAGGAAGGAAACGCGCUGCGAAACUCGCACGUUGUCGGGUUCUUCAGAAGGAUCUGCAAGCUUCUGUUCUUCGGUAUUAAGCCAGUAUUUGUAUUCGAUGGCGGGGCACCGAUUCUCAAGAGGCAAACUAUACAAGGGCGAAAACAGAGGCGAGAGGGCAGGAGAGAAGAUGCGGUUAGGACGGCGGGGAAGCUGCUUGCUGUACAGAUGCAGAGGAGGGGGGAGGAGGAGGCUGAACGAAGGAAGAAAGAUAGGGAGCGUGAGAAGGCGGGGAUGAGACCUCUUGAUGACGAAGAAGAGGCUAUUCCGGAUGAGCAGGAGCUUGUAUACGUAGGCGAAGAGGGCAUGAAUGUACAACAGCGAACCGCAAAUCGAAAGUUCAAGAAAACGGACGCGUAUCAUCUACCAGAUUUGGAUAAUGGUAUUGAAGGUAUGGGUCAACCGAAUGACCCUCGGAUUAUGAGCGCGGAAGAUCUGGAAGAUUAUGCGAGGCAAUUUCACAAUGGAGAAGAUGUCAAUCUCUAUGAUUUCAGCAAGAUCGAUUUCAAUGGCGAAUUCUUUAUGAGUCUGCCUCCCGUCGACAGAUACAAUAUCCUGAAUGCGGCGAGAUUGAGAAGUAGGUUGCGUAUGGGCCUAAGUAAGGAUCAAUUAGAAGAUAUGUUUCCGGAUCGAAUGGCGUUCAGCAGAUUUCAGAUUGAGAGGGUGAGAGAAAGAAAUGAAUUAACGCAACGACUAAUGAAUCUAAAUGGGAUGAAUGGAGAGGAUGGAAUGGCUGGCGUAGGAGGUGCGAGGAUUGCGGGCGAAAGAGAUAGAGAGUACGUGUUGGUUAAGAAUGACGGUGUUGAAGGUGGAUGGGCUUUGGGUGUUGUGAGCCUGGACAAAUCCGUGGGAGAGCGGGAAAAGCCAAUCGAUAUUGACGCUUUGCAUCAGAAAUCAAAAAGGGACGAAGAACCAUCCGAGUCAGAGGAUGAGUUUGAAGAUGUUCCUGUGGAGGGUCUCAAUAGGUUGCCAAAACUAAAUGGCGCCCAGAAACAAAAUUUGUCAUAUGGAGACUUCAAAGCGCAAGAAAUGGCUGAUCAGAGGCGACAAGUGUAUGCUUCAAGAAAUGGGGAGAGCUCGAGACAGGCCACAGUUCAAUUGAUAGAACCUGAUUCGCUUUUCGUUGACGAUGAGGCAACUGUUGGUGUAUCGGCUGGGAAUGGCCGUGGAUUUGAUGAAGAGGAAGACUUGAAUCUUGCGAUUGCAAUGUCACUUCAAAGAGACCAGGAAUUUGAUGGGAUGGAUGAAGAGGAACAUCUUAAGCAAGCAAUUGCUCUAUCGAUGCAGCAAAAUCAUGCUCAUGAAUCCGAGGCUGAUGAGGAGGAAGAUUUUGAAGAUGUCCUUAUGCCAGAAUAUGAGCAGAGAGCGGUCCCUAAUUCCAAACCGCUUACGAAUUCUAGCGGAGGAAUGAUUGCGCAUAUUGUCAACAACAGAGCCAACGCUGCCGUUCCAAAGCGGAAGGCAGCGGACAUCAGUGACAGCGAUAGCGAUAUGGACCUUCAAGCAGCACUUGCAAAAGCAAGAAAGGGGAAAGCUCCGGCGAUAGAACGACGGAAAGUAGCCCCUGUUGUUUCCAAUGCGAAGAAUCCUUUCGAUGGCCCCUUGCCGUUCGAGAAGCUCGAUUUGGGAAGUUCGAUCUUUGGCAAGAAAACUGAACCUCAAAAAGCGGCUGUUGACAAUGAUGAGUCGGCUGAAGAAGAUCUCGCUGGUGGUUUUGAAAAUGGAGAGGAAGAAGCUUCCAGGCCUCUACCACCGUGGCUUGUGGGUACUAGUGAUAUCAGAUCACAAGUGAAGGAGCAAAAGGAGCGGGAUUUUGAGCUCAAUGCAGAGGAUAGGCAGAGAGCACUCGAGGACGAACGCAUCUUUAAGCAAAACAAUGGGCCUAUUGAGAUCGAAUCGUCAGACGAUGGCAGCGACGUGGAAAUCGUUGAUGCGCCGCCACUAGCGGAGACAUUUAGAGAUAAUAUGGGAGAUGUUGCUGAGGGUCUCAGGGCCAACCCACCAGUCUCCGAUAUCCCGGACGAUAGACAGCCAUCGGUUGAGGAGCAGUCGAACAAGAAUAACCCCCACCGACCUGCUGCAAACGAGCCAGAAGAUGAGGCGAUGGACUGGUCAGAGAGCGAGUAUGGAGACAUAACCACUAAAUCGGCAAAGACGGUCGAUACCGAAAAUCCACCUGGCGGCAGAACAGAUGCUAGCUCUCCCAAAUCCAAAUCUGCCUCGCCUGAAUUCGAAGAUGUGGAAAUGCCACCUCCAAAUCGAACGCCAGAGAACCAUGUGCUCGUCAAUGACAGUGUCAAGAGUCUAAGUGCGUUGUUAGAGGAUGGCAAUAUGUCAGAUGGAAUUGAAGCUCCAUCGAACUUGGACUCUGCCACUCAAGUAAGAACCAAGGAUAGAUCGCAGCACGAUUCCGAAAUGGACGAAUUUGAUUUUAGUGAUCCUGAUGAUGAGGAGCUGCUUGCUCAAUUAGCUAUCGAGGCAGAAGAGCAUGCACGAUUCGCAAGCACAUUGAACAACAAAUCCGAGCGUGAAAAUCAAGAAGCGUACGAGAGCGAACUCAGAGCUCUUCGAAAUCAACAGAAGAAAGAUCGCAGAGACGCCGAUGAGGUAUCACAAAUCAUGGUCACCGAAUGUCAGGCACUCCUACGUCUGUUCGGCAUCCCUUACAUCACUGCUCCAAUGGAGGCAGAAGCACAAUGCGCCGAGCUUGUUCGUCUUGGUCUCGUCGAUGGAGUCGUUACAGACGAUUGUGAUAUCUUCCUGUUUGGUGGCACACGAGUCUACAAAAACAUGUUCAACAGCAACAAAUUCGUAGAAUGCUACCUCUCAAAUGACAUCGAAAAAGAACUCACAUUGUCUCGCGACCAACUUAUCUCAAUCGCCCAUCUCCUCGGCUCGGAUUACACUGAAGGCCUCCCCGGCGUAGGUCCCGUCACGGCCCUCGAAAUCAUUUCCGAAUUUCCAACCGCCAGCGGCAUCCAAGAAUUUAGAGACUGGUGGACCUCUACUCAGGGAAAUCCUCAUGCUAUUGCCAUAUCGAAAGAACCGACCGUUUUCCGCAAGAAAUUCCGCCGCGCUCAAGGCACGAAGCUCUUCUUACCACCAGGUUUCCCUUCUCCAGCAGUCACAGAAGCAUACCUCAAGCCAGACGUUGACUCAACGCCAGACGCUUUCCAAUGGGGCGUCCCCGAUCUCGACCGCCUGCGCGACUUCCUCAUGGCGACGAUUGGCUGGUCACAAGAACGCACCGAUGAAGUGCUUGUCCCUGUGAUCCGCGACAUGAAUCGUCGCGAGACGGAGGGGACACAAAGCAACAUCACACGAUUCUUUGAGGGCGCUGUUGGCGCUGGUGCAAAGACCGCGAAUGGUAAAGAGAAAACUGCGGGCAGUAAGAGGAUGAAGGAGGCUGUUAAUAAGCUGAAGGCGAAGAAACAGAUAGGAGGCUUUGGCUCGCAGACUUUUGGGGAUCAGGCUGCGGAGUGGGCGAAGAAGAAUGAUUUGAGUUAUACAGAGAGGGAGAAGGAGAAGGCUGAGAAGGGUAAGAAGCGGAGGAAGAAGAGGGCUGCACCUGUGGUGGUGGACAAUGAUGACCAUGAGGCUGAGGGUGGUGGGGAUGAGGAGGCGGAUGAUGAGGGCGCGAGUAGUGGGGCAUAUAGGGAUACGGGGGAAAGGAAAAUCUAG